AUGCCAUACCACACUCUCUGCGACGCAUUGCUAGAUAGCCUGGUGCGCAAUCAAUAUACAGACAGGAAUCUCCGCGAAUAUACGAAGUCUCAAAGUCCUCGAAUGGAAGUCACAUAUCGCGAAAUUACCAACGCUGAUUGCUGUGAUGAUGAAUAUGAAGAUCUCGAAAAAAAUUCUACGGACAUUAUCAGUGGACCAGAUCUCAAACAACGAGAAAUCGAUUCCAAGCCCGAAGACAGCAUUCUCGAGCGACUGCCGUAUGAUCUUAGGGAGAUGGUUUUUGUUUUUUGCGGUCGAAGCACUUUCUGCUCGGCUGGUCAGGGUCCAAAUCUGUUGAAAGCACUUCGAGGCCAGCGGCAAGCUUACGCCCACGCCUUAAGAAUAUUUGAGAGACUGAACAGUUAUGAACUCGGCGCUGAGCUGAGAAACCCUACAUCCGAAAUAUGCAACGAAAUUCAAGAUAUGACGGGACUCAUGACAGUCAACGAAGCACCGCGAAGUAUCACAUGUGAGUCGGAAUCAAAUGAUUCAAAAUUGGCUGAAUCCGACUUAGAGCUUACUCUGCAUGGGCGUAUCCACAAAAAAUCGAAAUAUUCUGGUGACCCAUUGGCUCCGACUACAAGCACUGUUCUGCACUAUUUAGUCCGACAUCUGCUCAACGCCAACUGUAUUCGAGAUGUGCAGUUUUAUCACGAUAUAAGCCGGACAAAAGAGCGGACCUCUCGCAUUAUCCUCUGCCAAAACGAUCGAGGCGAUUGGACCUUUCUCAAAAACUUCUUCACUUUCGUCACCUAUGGAAGAGUCAAAAGAGUUAUUACCCAACUACCGAAUCCCCAAAACCAUUGUGUUAAAACAGGCUCUAGAUAUGAUGCCUAUUACCAGGACAAUUAUUAUGAGAGUUACCGCGCACAACAAGACGCCUUCGUCUUAGCCGUAAUCGAGAGUAUCAGUCAGAAAGUUGGCGUUGAAGGUGUCGUGCUUGGCCGAUCAAAAGAUAGUCUUUCGGGAUUCUGUAUCUGGGAAGCUCCCGAAGGGGAAUGUAUGAGUUGGAAUCGGGAUGUAAUAGAGCCAUGGGCAUUGAGGGGCGGUUUCGGUAAGAAUUUCCUUGACUACGAGAACAACCACUUUGAACUUGGGGAGGAUACAAGUCGACGCUGCUUUAUGGUAAGAAAUCGCCACGAAUAG